AAAUUCUUUCGUGUCACUCGGGAGUCAGGGUCAUCUCGGCAAAACCCUAACCUUUUUCAUGGAUUCUCCUUCCGAAGUCACAAUUCUUCUAUACUAUUCCUCCUUGGCAGCCGCUGCGAGCUGCCUCUCCAUUAUCCAUAUAUCUAUCCUCAGGCUCACUUGAGGAACAAGGAGAGGAGUGAAAGAGAUAUAAGAUGUCAUCCUUCAUGUCGAUUAGCCACAGUUGGGGUGCGAGGGAUAUAGCUCUCACUUUUGGGUUUAAUUCCCCGAGUCCUGCUGCUACUUGCAAUCAGAGGACUGGAGUAUGGAAAUCUCCGGAGGCAGCCGUUGCUCAAAAUUUUCAUCUUCCAAUGCGCAGCCUUGAAGUUAAAAAUAGAACAUCUGUGGAUGACAUAAAAGGUCUAAGAUUAAUAACAGCCAUCAAGACCCCAUAUUUACCUGAUGGGAGAUUCGACCUCGAAGCCUAUGAUGCCUUAAUGAACAUGCAGAUUAUGAAUGGCGCACAAGGUGUAAUUGUGGGAGGCACAACAGGUGAAGGCCACCUUAUGAGUUGGGAUGAACACAUAAUGCUCAUUGGACACACCGUCAAUUGCUUUGGCUCUUCAAUCAAAGUAAUAGGAAACACUGGAAGCAACUCAACCAGGGAGGCAAUACAUGCAAGCGAACAAGGUUUUGCCGUCGGCAUGCACGCCGCCCUCCACAUCAAUCCUUACUAUGGCAAAACAUCUUUGCAAGGUAUGAUUUCUCACUUUGAAACUGUUCUUUCCAUGGGACCAACCAUCAUCUAUAACGUACCAUCAAGAACUGGACAAGAUAUUCCUCCAACUGUUAUAAGUAAAAUAUCUGGAAAUCCUAAUAUGGCUGGCGUCAAGGAAUGCGUAGGAAAUGAUAGGAUAAGGGAAUAUGUGGAUGGAGGAAUGGCGAUUUGGAGUGGCAAUGAUGAUGAGUGUCAUGAAGCAAGGUGGGCUUAUGGGGCUGUUGGAGUCAUAUCUGUGACGAGCAAUCUUGUUCCAGGUUUGAUGUAUGAGCUUAUGUUCAAAGGUAAGAAUACAUUACUGAAUUCCAAGGUGAUGCCUUUGAUUAAGUGGCUUUUUGGCGAGCCGAAUCCUAUAGGCCUUAAUACUGCUCUAGCUCAGCUUGGGGUGAUCAGGCCUGUUUUUAGAUUGCCUUAUGUUCCACUUCCUAUUGCGAAGAGAAUCGAGUUUGUUAGAAUAGUGGAAGGAAUUGGAAGAGAGCAUUUUGUUGGAGAUGGGGAUGUGGAGGUUCUUGAUGAUGAUGAAUUUGUUUUAGUUGGUCGAUAUUAGGUUGUUCUGGAUUAGGUUCUGGAUGAUUAUUAUUUAUAUGACUGUUUUGGGAAUGUACUUCUGUGUAGACAUAUCAAGUUUUGUUUGUAAUGUUAUCAGUUGAAUUGCUAUCAAUAAUAUUUUGCUUGGAAAUGUUGUGAAUU